UAUAUACAUAUACACACAAUUAAAUUGAAAUACAAGUUUAUAAAUAAUACAUAGAAUAAUUGUUUUAAUAUUUGUAAAUUAUUUAUAUAAAAUUAUUAUAUAUAUAUAAUAUAUAUAAAAUCUUGUAAAUUUUCACCGAGGUUACAUGUAAUUUACAUAACCUUGUCCUCACUUCUUACAAUGGAUAUAUUUCGAGAAAUCGUAUGAUUUUCACAAUGGUAUAUCAUUGGGGCUUUGAGUAUUUGAUUUAAAUUUUGAUCUAAUCUUUUUAUUCAAAUAUCAUUAUUUUUACCAGGGCUAUUUUAAAACUAGGAAAUAUUGUUCUCAUCGAUGAAGAUUUCAAAGUGAACUAUAUCAUACAAAUAUACAAAUAUUAUUCUUAAAUAAAACUUCGAUAAAAAUCGUAUCAUAUGUUUUACGUAUUUUUCGAUAAUAUUACAACGAGCGUAAUUAGAAUAAUAAUAAUAUUAUUGGUUAUGCUUCUAUACGUAGUGUUUAUUUUGUUUACCUUGAUAAAUCAAUAACGUGUAUUCCGUUUUUUUGCAAAAUUUGUUACAUUGCGAUAAUACGUAGUCCAAUGUUCGUUAUUAUUUUAUGCGCAUAAAGAAAAUGGAAUCAAAAAACGAAAAAGAACUAAUAAAAUAAAUAAUAAGUAUUGUCUGAAAAAAGAGAAUAUUCUCGAUUUUUCUACAGAACGACGAUAUCUCAGGGUCGUUGACAGUUUGCAGAUCAAGAGAUGACCCUAUCCUAUAGAGGACGGUACUACUGCUGUCAUCAAGGCCAUCGCUGCGAGCCACUUUGAGUAUUUCCACCCACACAAAUCGAGUUCCUUGUAUUAUCGAACAGGUAUCACUCUCGAGUGAUUUCGUUGAAAGAAAACCCAUGUUAAAAAAAUAUUCAUUGUCGAACUCGAUUCAUUUUUGUAUCGAUCAUCGUUAAUAUCGGACUUGUUGCAAAAAAACAGAUCGAUGAAAAUCGAAAUAUAAAUGGCGGACAAGACAACCCAAACGUAUUUCUUAGUAUUCUUUUAACGGAUAAAAAUUCAUCGAAAACAAAGAACUCUUCUCAAACUGCAACGCAUGAAGACAAAGAGAAAGGAAACGUUGAUUAUUAAAUGAAGAAUCGAAACGACUUGAAGGUUAUUGCAUGAAAUCUAAUUUUACAUGCUUGUUAUAUUUUAAUAAUGAAAUAUUAACACGUGAUAAAUUAUCAUAGUACGUGUUACAUUGGCAAUUUUAUUUUUAUAAAAAGCAUGAUAACAAAGUUUUUAUUAUUUUUCCUUCAAAAUUUUUAUCAAAUUAAUUAAAACAUUUCGAGCUACCAUCAAUAUUUUUGCUUAUCGAGCACCACGAACAUACAAGUUAUUCAUCAGUUUUAUGUACAUAUGUAUGAUGUAUAUACAUACAUCUAUAUUUUUUUUUCUGCAUUCGUUCACAUACCAAUCCUCUUUGGAACUUUGUUUGAAGAAAAUAAAAAGUAACGAAACAUUAUCUUUAUAUACUCAUAUCUAUAAUGGUUUCAUUACUUUGAAUCAAGAUUAUUGUUAAUUUUAUACAUAUAUAUAUAUAAUUAUACAUAUAUAUAAUAUAUAAAAAUGUAUAAUUAUUUUUAAAGCAUGAAAAUUUUUUGUCAUUUAUCCAAAUUACGUCUGAUUAAAUGCCUCAAAAUGACACAUAUGACAUUUGUACCAAAUUAAUGAUUUUUAAUUUAAAAAUAAAACUACAAAAAACAAACUAAAAAUAUUUAACAAAGUGUAAUUCUUAUAACAUGUAUAUUAUAAUUAACUCUUAUUAGACUAUAAUAUUAACAUCGACAAAAAUAUUCGAUGAAAUUGAAUUUUAUAAAAACGUAUCAUUUCCGAUGAAAUCGACGGUAUAUCAAUACCGACGCUUUUAUUCAAUUACGAUCUGAAUGAUUUCGGCGUAAUUAUAAUUAUUCUUCCAUAAGAGAAAUUGACCCAUUGAAAACAACACGAAAUUCAUAAAUUAUGUAAAAUAUAACAAAAAAAAAAACCGAUUAGAUUCUUGAUAAUGAUUGGCAAUGCGUUAAAAAGACCAAUUAAAAAUUAAAAAUAUUGAUGUUAUAUUUAUUUUUGUUUUUAUUUUAACCUAUUUGACAAACCCUUUGUCUUUUCUUUCGACGAGCUGCGUUUUCAAGCAAAAAGUUCACUCGACGAUGCAUUGAGAGAAAGGACGUGAUCGCUUGUGAAGUAGAGAGAGAGAGAGAGAGAGAGAGAGAGAGAGAGAGAGAGAGAGAGAGAGAGAGAGAAAGAGAGAGAGAAAGAAAAAGAGGGAGAGAGAGAAAGAGAGAAGGGAAGAUACGCAUGCGCGAAAGAAGAUGCGCGUAGGAUUGCGCGCGCGAUGCGCCCAAGUAAAAAGGAAACAAAUGAAGAACCGGUGAGUAGAGCUCCCGCCCUCUAGUCCAGUAUAAUAAUCAGCAAACACAAUGAAUCGGGUUCGCGCAGACUCGGUUGUUUUCGUCGUGUCGAUGCGUUCGCGCGUCGAGACGAUGCUUUCGAUGUAAAAGGAAAGAAUGAAAGAAGGAUAGAAAAUUGAGUUGAGGUGAGCAAGCGCGCCUCUCUCUCUCUCUCAUUCUCUUUCUCUCUCUCUCUCUCUCUCUCUUUCUUUCUCUCUUUUUCAUUCUCUUUUUCUCUCUGUCUUUCAAGAGCUUAGCGCAAAAAUCAUUAAACGCGUGCCCAAUUCACGGUAGCGACACUGGCACGCAUAUACGUACUUAUAUAUAUACAGUGCCUAGAGUGAGAAAGAAAGUGGAGAACGAUCCGAUACGACGAGAGAGUAAGAGUGGGAGAAUAAAUAGAUGAAGGUGGGGGGGGAUAGAUUCUCGGAGUUCAGAGCCGCGCGUUUGAUCAGUUUCGAAAUAAUAUAAACCUUCGUACCGGCGAGAUUUAUCAUCAACGAUUUAUUUCGACGGAGCAUGCACGAACACGAGAUUUACGAGAAUAACAACGAGGAUAAUAUCGAGGACGAGGUAGAAUACGAUAUAAACGUAAAAAAAGGAAGCAAUCAAGGUAAUACGCGUCUCGUUGGCAUGGAAUGGACCCGUGAUAAAACCUUGGAACUUCUUCGAGAAUAUCAACAUAGACGCGUACUAUGGGAUUGGAAUGCUCGUGGAUAUAGAGAUAGGGCUAAACGUAAACGUGCAAUCCAAGAGCUCGCACAAAUUUUAUCUUGUAAUACGUUAGAGAUAGAGAAGAAAAUUACUAACUUAAAGUGUCAAUACUCGAGGGAAGUGCAUAAAAUUCAGAAUAGCCGGGAAGUUGCAACCAGGCCGGACGAUGUUUAUGUCUCUAAGUGGUUUGGUUUUAAGGCAAUGCAAUUCCUUCAAUUUGGUACUCGCCGGUAUAGCAAGAGAAAGAAGAAAGUCGAAGAAGAAUCGAAGCUGCAGGAGGAAUAUCUUGUGAGCGACAUUGAUCCAGAAUGUAUAACAUUUAUCAACUGUAACGACGAGACGAAUACUUCGUUUAAUCCUUCCUUGAGCGAAGACGCUGAAGAAUCAUCCUCAUCGAGUUUGAAAAUGAUGGAACUUUAUAAUGAUUCGUUACCGGGACUCAAUAGUCCACUUAACGAUCUCGAAGUAACUGAAGGAACGUUGAAUCAUGAAAGGGCGUCGUCUAACGAAAUAAAAAAAACAAAAGAAGAAUUCGUAAAAUUUGCCGAAAGUAUAGCCGUUCAACUCGCUGAAAUACCGGACUCUUAUUCGAGAUCGGUAGCUAAGUUAAGGAUCAAUCAAAUCUUAUUCGAAGCUGAAAUCGGUGUUUAUGCGCAAACACAACGCUAAUCGCAUUGCUUUAUAUUUUAUGUUUUACGUUUAUAAUCGUCGUCAUUGUCGAUCAACGAUUAUAAUAAUAUCGAUGAUUAUAAUAAAUUGAUUUGCCUAAAUUCUAUGCAUUUCUGUUAGUCGACGAAUUAUUGAAUUAGGAUCAACGAAUUCUCGAGAUCAGGGCAACGAAAGAUUCACGAAUCUGUAAUUGUGCUUGUCAUCGAUUAUAUUAUAUCUCAUUGUUCGACGAAGUUCUUGUUAUGAAGAUAAUGAAAAUUUAUUAAUUCAUGUUGAUUAAGCAUCACUUAAUGCUAUGCAAUUUAACUCUUUGUGAUCUUUAAAUGUUCUUUAAGAAAUAAUUUUGUUGUUUUUAAUUUUACGUGCAAGCAGCUUCGUUUAUACUAAUCUAUUAAAUUGUAUUAUUUUAUUUUUUGUAAAUUAUUAUAAAUCCUCUCGGAGAUUAUAUAUCGGAGACCUUGAGGACAAUUUGUUAUUAUAUUUUUUUGAACGAAAUUUUUUUUAUCCAUUCUAAUGUCUUUCUUUGACUAACGUUGAAUUAUGAAAGAGAAAUAAUAACGACUUGUAAUUAAGAAAAUAAUUUAUUAUAGAAGAGAAUGAAAAAAAAAAAAGAACAAAAAAAGAAAACAAAAAAGGAAAAUAUUGUCAUUAAGUAAAAUUUGAUGUAGUUAUUGAAAUAAACAAAAGUACGUAAGUAAAGAAAUAAAAGUAUAAAUAAGAAUAAACGGACAAGGAAGUACGAGGAGGAUUUUCUCUCUAUGCGUUUUUCUGUUCGGUUUGGUAUCGAAAAAAUGAAAAACGUGCCUUAUGUACUUUCAUCUAUUUUUUUUAUAUGUACAUACGAAGAAAAUUUGAACAUAAAGAUUGAAGACAAUUGUAUGUACAUUGGAGAUAAUUUGAGUUAUUUCCUUCUUAAAUAUGUAUGUACUUUUGUGCAACAAUAAUCGUGUAAUUUUAAAUAAUCGAAAAAUAUAAUUCAAAUAAUGUUUCAUUGAAACGGCUCUAAAAUUAGACUAAAAAAAGAAGACUGUAUAAAAAAAAAAAAAAAAAAAAUAUUUAUUAAUAUUGUAAUGUAUUAUCUCUGUGUACGGGCGAUCCUAA